AUUUUGAUUGUGACACGCGCUGAGGGUGGAAGUUGAAGGGGAACAUGGCAGCCGGUGUCAGCGUUAAACUCGGGUCGCUGAGCAGCAGGACGUCGCUGUCCCUCGCCCUCCGCAGAAAGACGUCCCCCGCCGGCGUCUCCGUCCGGAGGGCGGCCAGCGGCGGGACGGUGGACUCUCGACAGGACGAGAAGUUCUGUCUGGAGCUGGUCAGGUCCAGAGACUACGACGGUUUCGUGUCCUCACUCCUCCUCCCAGAGGAGGCCCGGCGCUCCUCUCUGGCCCUGAGAGCCUUCAACGUGGAGCUGGCACAGGUGAAGGACUCGGUUUCCCAGAAGACCAUUGGCCUGAUGCGGAUGCAGUUCUGGAAGACGGCCAUAGAGGAGAUCUACAGAGACGAGCCUCCGAACCAGCCGGUCACCACCGAGCUGUGGAGGGCGGUGAAGAAACACUACCUGACGAAGAGAUGGCUACUGAGGAUCAUAACAGAUCGAGAAAAGGAUCUGGAUGACCGAGCGUACAGGAACCUUCAGGAGCUGGAGACGUAUUCAGAGAACACACAAUCGUCCUUGAUCUACCUGCUGCUCGAGUGUUUAGGUUUGAAAAAUGUCCACGCCGACCAUGCAGCGAGUCACAUCGGGAAAGCUCAGGGGAUCACCACGUGUCUGAGAGCGACUCCGUAUCACAGCAGCCGGCGUAAAGUCUACCUGCCGAUGGACGUCUGCAUGUUGCACGGAGCUUCUCAGGAGGACUUCAUCCGCGGCAGCCAGGAGCAGAACGUCCGGGACGUUGUGUACGACAUCGCCAGUCAGGCUCACGUACAUUUACAACACGCGCGUUCUUUCAGCGAUAACGUUCCAGCAGCCGCCACGCCGGCCUUCCUGCAGACGGUGGUGUUGGAGGACUACCUGCAGAGAGUGAGGAGGGCAGACUUUGACGUGUUCCAUCCCAGUCUGCGGAACCGAAACCCCCUCCUCCCCGUCCAGCUGUACCUGCGCUCCUGGAAGAAGACGUACUGACGUCCAUCCGACCCCCCCAUCCUGUCCCACGUCUCCAGUGAGUCCAGGUCCGAAGUCUGUUCUGAACCACAGAAACACUGAGACGGUCACAGCAGAGAGAUUAGAAACCUUUUCCACAAACAUCCAUCACAGUUCACACAUGAACUUCCUGCUUCAACUUUCACCAAUACAUUUCCCUCACUUCCUCUCACGGGGUCUCCGCGGUUGUGAAGAACGAGACAAAUGUGCUCUGCAGCGACUGAGCAGUCGAUUCAAUCAAAUACAAAUCUUCCGUUUAUGUAAAUUAUCCCCCCUUAAAAAGCUUUACAGCACAAGUUAUGGAUUAUUUGUUCUUUCCUUCUUUUUUCCCUCUUCUGGAAGCAGAAUUAUUCAGAGAGCAGAGGGGAAAGAUAACAGAUUACAGCUUUUCCUCAUUCAAAUUUGACUCGUAACCAAACAAAAGGACACUCAGAGGAGAGGACUGACGGAAGAUAAUAAGAUGGAUGGCAAACACGCAGCGGCUAAUACUGUAAGCAGCACUUUACCUUUUUGAGUGGCCUGGAUACAAAGUGAACCAAAGUUUCCUGCUGUGCCCAGACUCUUCCAUCCGGCUGCUCGUGUUGGAAUCUCAACCAAACUGAGGCCGGAGUGGGAAUGGAAGCUGUUGCACGUCAGUGUGGCUGGCAAAGCGACGCACUGGUGGACUGGAGGACCAAUCGAUGCUGAGACGGUGAAUCAUCAAUUAACCUCAAAUUAAACACAAUCAUGUCAUGUCAUGUUGUUUCGGCAUCUAAAGGAACGCCACCAGUAUGUUAAAAAUAAAGUAUUAGAGAGACAA